AUUAUUUCAUCAUAUUUCACUCUCCAAAGCACCAAAUAACACAUAAAAAUCUCAUCUUUAUCUCCUUUCCCCCCCUCAAUUUUCGCUUGUUUGUCCCCCCCACAAGCACAUAUGCAUAUCUCUUUUUUUAUAUAACAAAUAACCAUCUGGGUGUCAUCAAGUUUGUAUCUUUAUUACUUACAUAGUUUAAAGAAGUUAUCUUUAUCAAAAAUUUAUCAUCUGGGUCUGUUGUCUUUUAUUAAAAAGAUUGUUAAUUUGUGUGUUUAUUGAAUUUUUAUAUAACAGUUUUUUUUUUUGUUUAUAAUAUAUUUUAAUCAAAGUUUUGAGGUUGGUUUUGUAAAUAUUAAUUAGGGUUCAAGUAUUUUUGAUUAUUUUAGACCCUAAUUUGAGGUUUUAGAUUAGAUUUUUGUGUAUUUGAUUUUGAAUUGGAAUUUAGAGUUGAUUUCAAGAAAAAGAAAAAUGGAUCAUGUAGUUGGUGGGAAGUUUAAACUUGGUAGGAAAAUUGGGAGUGGAUCUUUUGGUGAACUUUAUUUAGGUGUUAAUCUUCAAAGUGGAGAAGAAGUUGCUAUUAAGCUGGAAUCUGUUAAAACGAAGCAUCCUCAACUUCAUUAUGAAUCUAAAGUAUAUAUGCUUCUUCAAGGAGGAACUGGAAUUCCGAACCUUAAGUGGUUUGGAGUCGAGGGCGAGUAUAAUGUCAUGGUUAUCGACCUUCUUGGGCCAAGCCUCGAAGACCUUUUCAACUACUGUAAUAGAAAGUUUAGCUUGAAGACAGUUUUAAUGCUUGCAGAUCAACUAAUAAACAGAGUUGAGUACAUGCAUGCCAGGAGUUUUCUUCACCGUGACAUCAAACCCGACAAUUUUUUAAUGGGUCUUGGUCGCAAAGCUAAUCAGGUGUACGUCAUUGAUUUUGGCCUUGCAAAAAAGUAUAGAGAUCUUCAAACUCAUAAACAUAUACCAUACAGGGAAAACAAGAAUCUUACAGGCACUGCCCGCUAUGCGAGUGUCAACACGCACCUUGGUGUUGAACAAAGUAGACGGGAUGAUCUUGAAUCUCUUGGUUACGUACUUAUGUAUUUCCUAAGAGGAAGCCUUCCGUGGCAGGGACUCAGAGCAGGAAACAAAAAGCAGAAAUAUGACAAAAUAAGUGAAAAGAAGAUGUCAACUCCAAUAGAGGUGUUGUGUAAAUCAUACCCAUCAGAGUUCAUGUCAUACUUCCAAUACUGUCGAUCAUUGAGGUUUGAGGACAAACCCGACUAUUCCUAUUUGAAGAGGCUUUUCCGGGAUCUCUUUAUUCGUGAAGGCUAUCAGUUUGACUAUAUAUUCGAUUGGACCAUUAUGAAGUACCCUCAAAUUGGUGCUAGCUCCAGAGGACGACUUCAAGGUGGGAAUGCAGGUAUAAACAGCGGAACAUCAGCCGAAAAGCCAACAAGAACCUCGGCUGGUCAAGAUAUCCGCGAUAAAUUGUCAGGUGCAGUAGGAGCAUUUUCUAGAAAAAAUUCUUCAAAUGGCGGCCGUCAUGAACAUUCACGAAACAAGAUUUCCGAUAUACCUUCAUCAAAGGAUGUGCAACCUGAUUCUGAAAGAAUCCGAUCCUCUCGAAAUGGGGACUCGUCGAGACGUGCAGCCACCGCAGGCAACAAACCAAGCCCCUCAGUGGAAGCAUUAGAAAGCCGGUUAUCUCGGCAUAUCAUGUCCAACGGGGCCCGCUUAUCGACUACUCAAAGAGUCCAACCACAACCAGUCUUUGACACCAAGCCAUCGGGUUUUAGCCGUACUGCAAAAGUCGGCAAUGAAGAUCCUCUCCGCAGCUUUGAGUUUCUCUCGAUUCAGAAGUGAAAGAAGCACCAUUUUUUCCAAGUAAUUUUAGUUCUUGCAAAAAUGGAUCAUACAGAUGUUUCUGAAUGCAUUUUUAUGCUCUACCUGAAAAAUAUGUUUCGUGUCACAUGAAUGAUAUUACUUGAAUACCGUUGUAAAUUGCAUUAUCGGUUUUGCACUUUCUAUGACAAGAUUCAGAUCAAAUCUAUAAAGAUUUAUGUUGUCCUUCA